UGUGAACGUUAUCUUCCUUAAAGUUAAAAUUCCAAUCUUUUCCUUGAAUCUAGCAAAGAAGGAAAACUUGGAUCAACUAACCUCAGUGUUGGCGUUCACCGCAAUCGCUUUACAGAAAUUUUCCGUGAAAGUACUGUAAUCACUACUAAUUAAAGCCUCCAUUCAGAAUCGGGACGCCUUUACUAGGAGAAUGCUGAAUUCAUUCAGCAUUGGAGCUCUUCUGGUUGUGAAAUCAUCAGAAGAGACUAUACACUGGGCUUUCCUGGUUUUAUCAGGAUUAUAUCCUUUUCACUCGCUUAGUGCUGAUUUUCAUACCCUGUUUGGAAGAUGGAUGCCCUCAAGGAAUAUUUAUUAAUUAAAUUUGUGCCCGAAACGGCACAGGAAAAGAGGAAAUCACUUGUGGAUUGCACCAGGUCAGAAUGGGUUGCUCUGUGUCAUACUAGACGUUGUUUGGUUACCAAAUUUAUGGGUCCUCCAUAUAAAGAAGGAAAUAAUAAUCUUCUUGAAUCCCUUUUAAAUUUAAAGGCCAGUGCACCAGGGGAUUGGCCAACAUUUCCAAUUGAAGUUAAAGGGACAAGCGGUACAAUAAGAUACUUACGAAGAAGCAAUGCAGAAAUUGGCUCGUUUAGAAGUGACAGAAUUCGUAUUCACGACAGACUCUGAGGUUGAACCUCACAGAAAAGCUGAUAUUAUACAAAACAAAUUGAAAACAAAAAAAAUUGACUAUUACAGAAAAUACAAAAAAAGUUAUAAAUUCUGUAGCUGCUAUGGAAUCGGACUCGGACAAUUAUUCACCACAAUAUGAUAUCAGAGACUCAGGCUCAUCAUUUGCUUCGAAAAAAAGAGAAACAUUGAGAGUACAAAGAAGAAAAACAAAGAUAAAAAGCGGAAGUUGCCAAAACUUGCAAUAAAAAGUUUGCCUGCACUAAAAAAAGAUAAGAGGGAUGAAAAAACCCCAAUUACAUCACAGACUUUAAGUAGCGUUAGUACAAAUAUUACUAAGUCUUUAAAAAAAUUGAAAAUCACACUGAUUUAUCUUUGAAGAAUAGUGAAGUGAAUUCAAAUAGAAAUAGUACAUAAAUGAUAGAAGAGCAAGACUUUAUUAAUAACGAUACACUAGGGAAAAAUUUAGCUGUUCCUAAAAAGAAAAAUACUUUGAGGAAAGAUGAUCUUCCUCUUGUUUUAUCAGCGCUGAAGGGACUAUCUGUCGACGUACAGGAAAUUUUAGCAAAUCAGAGGUCCAUUUUACUUCGCUUAGGACAAAGAGAAACAGCUACAAAAACGUUAUUUACCGAAAAGUACAAACUAGAAAUAUCAUUUCAGAGUACUGAACAAUUUGAUGAGUUUAACGAAAAAUUAAAAAUUGAUGAUGGGCUUCGGACAGAAUUCUCUUCUUCUUUGAAUUGGCUUUUUGAUCGAGAGCUAAAUGCAUCAAAAACUUUAACAAAUGUUUUUAAGAAAUACCUCAGCCAAAAUGUGAUACUUAAAUUUACGGCAAAGAAAAACGUUCCUGGCAAACGGAUCAUGAAGGGAACUUAUUUUUAUGAGUGUAUCUCAGGUGUGAUUAUACCGACUCACGGACGUCCUGGUGAAAAGCCAUUAACUGAGUAUAACAUUUGCAGUUUAAUUUGCAAAGUUUUUAAUAAUGCUAAGAACUGGGAGGGCGAAAGGCAGAAAAGAGCUGCUUUGCAAAACAGGCUGAGCGACAAAGCAGUUCGGGGUAGGCCGAGAAAUUUCAUGAUCCAGAGGAAGAUCAAGAUCCAGAGUACCCACUUCAAGAUCGAAAGAAGGAAACAAACAGCGAAAAUGAGUCUGAGUUAUUAA